AUAUCUACAAAACGUGGUGGAAGUGAAUGAAAACGAACGAUCUAGAAUUUGGAAUGGGCAAAAUGAAUUGUUGUUUAAGAAAUCUGGUUUUUAUAUUGUCUGUAAUUUAUGUUGUAGUAGAUUCGGCCAGCGGUUAUGGGUACUCAAAGGAUCCAAACAAAGGUGCGUACAAGAAUACCAACAAAGAUAUUAUGCCACCACAAUUUAGCGUACAGGGCAUUGUCUACUGCAAAUCUUCUUCCAACAAACUCUCCCCACUCAAAGGUGGGGUGAUAAGAAUAGCAUGCCUGGGAAUCGACAAGUACGGCUACGAAACGGCUCCUUUUUCCGUCUUGACCAAACCAACUGACGGUAACGGCUACUUCCUAACGAAGCUGUCGUCUCAGCCCCUUCUGGAAAAUGACGGUAACGGUGACGGUGACGGCGUCAAAAUCUCCAAAUGCAAAGCCUUCCUCCACAGCGCACCGUUCCUCAAGACUUGCCCCUUCCCCACCGACGUCAACAAGGGUUCCACCGGCGCGCCGAUUUCGGCUUAUCGAGCCGUUAAUGGCGCCAGGCUGUACUCCGUGGGCCCAUUUGUUUACAGUUCACAACCUCAGAAGAUCCCCCCUUCUCCUUAUUGACUCUGAUCACAAAUUUUUUUUGUAAUUAAUUUUUUGUAAUCUUUUGUGAGGCAUUCGAUUUACACAUAAUAAUAAAUAAUAAUACUAUAAUAGAUUAUGGGUUUGUGAAAUAAUAUUUGGGCCUUGUCCAAGAGUACUUUACCCUUUUCUUGGGCUUGACAAACAAAAUAGUUGGUACUUA